UUACAUGACAUCUUAGAAUGCUCUGGAGUUGAUACAUGGACAGAUGGAUAUAAUUCUUAAGAUCAUCCCGGAAAACGCGAGGGUUAACAGCAGUUGUUGAUUUGACAGUGUUCCCUUCCUUAAUCAUGUCAGUUGGAAAAAUCAGAUCAUUAGUUUUGUUUGGUCCAAGUGGUUGUGGCAAGAGUACUCUUAAAAAAAAGCUGAUGAUUGAUUAUCCUGCAAAGUUUGGCUUCUCCAUAUCACACACUACAAGACAUCCUAGACCUGGGGAGACAAAUGGAAAAGAUUACCACUUUACUGAUCGCAAUGUGAUGCAGAAGAGCAUUGAUGCUGGUGAAUUUAUUGAGUCAGCAAUUUACAAUCAAAAUCUUUAUGGAACUAGUAAAAAGGCAGUACAAGAUGUUUUGGGUGAAGGAAAAGUUUGCUUGCUGGACAUAGAUAUGCAGGGCGUGAUUAGUUUGAAGAGAGCAAACAUGGAUUGUUACUAUGUCUUUGUUAAGACAUCUACAAUUGAGGAACUGGAAAGACGCCUUCGUGCUCGAGGAACAGAAACAGAAGAUUCACUCUCAAGGAGACUAGCUGCUGCAAGGAAGGAACUACUGUAUGGUGAAGAGCCUGGCAAUUUUGAUAGUGUGAUUAUUAAUGAUGAUCUUGAAAAAGCCUAUAGCGACUUAAAGAAUAAGAUUCACAAGGAUGUUGUUUCCCUCUGGUAGCCUGUCCUCGUGAUGAAUGGUAACAACACAGAAUUCAAUUGCCAACUGUAUUGUGAUUAUUCAUGCAACAUUUCGCCUCACUUGAUGCCAUGUGUUAAAUCAGAGAGUUGUCUUGGCUCUAAAAAGCGAAGGAAUUAGGUCAUUUAGUGCAGGUCAAAUUGGGAGAAAACUUUGAAGAUCUGAAUAUUCAUAGUUAAAUCAUGUCGGUUUAGUUUUACCAAAAAAUCUAGAGUUUCUAAGGUAUUAAGCUUGGGUUUUAGUUCUUUAUGAAGAACUGACGUUAUUGCCUCUUUUUUAUGUUUCUUUGUUCGCUGUAUUUUUAGAUAAAAAAAUAAAAGUUGCUCGUAUCCUUGUUUGCCAAUUUGUUUGGCUUGUGAUUUGGACAAUGCUGUUAGAAAAAUGUAAACUGUUCAUCUCGUUAUUGCAAUGUGUAGUGAACUCCCAAAUAGUGAGAAAGUCUGAUCUCCACAUAAGUGCAGUGUUUUGUUGAUAAGAAAGAUGAUAAUGAUGAGGACAAUGAUAAUGACAAUGAUGAUGACGAUAAUGGUUACAGUAAUAAUUUUACGUGAAGUAACAAUAAUAGCAACAACAACAUGAUUAAGCCUCCUCAGUCCACGGUGAUCCCUCUCACAGCUUCUCUGUGGGUCUUUUCAGCUCCGUUUUGUUCUUCAGUGUAGUAAAUUUUGUAUCUUGGGAGCUCAAUUUAUUACACCCUCAAUUUAUUACACCCUAACUGUUAGCGUUGCUUUGAUCAAACAGAUAUUUUGUGCAUGCAACAAUACAAUGCGUUACAUUCGGUUUAUUCUAGUUGUGGAUUUUAAGACUUUGAUGUUUAAAUCCAGACUAGGUUAACAUUUACAGCUCGCACCUAAUUAAAAAAGCGAAAAGAAAGAAGUACAAAACGAAUGAUUAAAUUAUUAGUUAUCAUUAUCGAAUAGAGAGUUGAAUUUAAAUUUCCUGAAAGUUUAAGUAUUUACGAUAACACCUUGGUCUUUCAAAAUAUCUGAUAUCCUUCCUCCUUUCAAAAGAAUUGGUUGCCAAAGACUGAUUAUAAAGGAGUGGUUUCAUCCCGCUAGUUAAGGUCAUUCCAAUAAUAAUUUGUGGAUACGGUGUAGUUUUCUAAGUCGCUAUCCAUCAGUUUUAUAGAAUUUAAUCUCGUUAAUAGUUACAAAAUGCAAACUAACCGUUCUCGAGACUGAAGAUGAAGCCCCAGGAGUCGUGCAUUAUAUGAUCUGUUCGUUUUGUUGCCAUUCAUGGCGAUUUGAACGCUUAUAACUGUUAAUUCUGAAUUCUUCGUCACAUCAAAGUUAUUCACAUUUUGUUACUUAGUGUAGUUAGUAUCAACUUUUGUUAAGCUGAUGGCAAAGUAAGUAAUUUCUUCUUAGUUCCUCUUUAAAUAAAUCUCUAUACGGUUAUUCAU